CGCGUCUUGACCAUCCACCAACUUGACGCGAGACUUGGAUCAAUGCAAAUGAGUACAGGUUCAAAGAAACGGACCAUAGAGCAGCUUGCGGCCACAGUUUCCGACUCUACCGACUUUCCGGAUAUCGAUACCGCACCAGGUCUCAGAACACUCGACACCGCGUUGCGCUGCCCCAUCUGUUGCGAGUUAUUCUCUGGGCCUGUAACCCUUCGCUGUGGACACUGUUUCUGUUCAUUGUGCAUCAGGGGUUCCCUGGCGCAGAAGCAAGAGUGUCCGUCUUGCCGUAAAGGGGAGGAGAAUGAGGGGCAUUUGAGGGUGAAUCCGGUUGUUGAGGAAGCUGUGGAAGCGUGGAGUAAGGCGCGACCUUUCAUUCUCCAGUUACUGCAUCGAGGAGGGCGGCUGUCGGGCAGCAACAGUUCCAGUGAGAGCGGACCAUCUAACAAGCGUAAGAGGAGUAACCCUGAUUCCGACUCGGAUAUCGAACUCGUUGCCCCGCCCUCUGGUCAUAAAACAGGUAUUGGAUCCGGCACCGUCUUCUCAAAGCCGCAGGAACCGAUGCUUGCAGCAUCUCCGGCCGAAACGCCGUGUCCGGUGUGCGGGAAGACGGUGAAACAUGAAAUUAUAAAUCAGCAUUUGGACAGCGGCUGUAAGACGUUCCACCUCAACAACUCGAAAACAGCAUGGUCAAAAAUUAUGGGUCCAAGAGUCGAUCCUGGGAAAAACAAGCAGACUCAGGCCAAAGGGAAAGAGAGAUCUUUGAGUGUUGAGGGCGAAGCUCUUCCAAAAGUCUCUUAUGACACAUUAAAAGAUAAGCAGAUCAAACAAUUACUUCAAGAUCAAGGUCUCGCAACUUUGGGUAAUCGAGCGCUUUGUAUUGCUCGACACCAAAAAUGGGUAAUGCUUUGGAACUCGAACCUCGACAAGGCUCCAAAAAAUCGGAAGUCGAAGUCACAGUUGAGGUCCGACCUUGAUCAGUGGCUUCAAGAGAAACAUGAAUCGAAGUCAAAGGUGGUAGUAGAAGAUACAUUUGGCCAUCAGAAGAAAUACGAGAGUGAAUUCAAGCGACUGACAGAGGAGGCUAGACCGAAGAAAGCCGUGUCUUCACAGCUCUCGGAUUCGCGGGAGGCAACGUCCUCAGAGGCAAAGUACACGGAUGCAACAUCUUCUACUUCAAGUCCAGUGAAGCUACUAUCUCAGUCCCCUCAGUCACCUCAUCACGACGGUGAUAACAACGAGAUAGAGGUGCUUUAAUGGCAAAAAGACAAGUGUUUCCCAAAUUGUAUCAUUAUAUCUUCCCCGCCAUUUGAUACCCAUUUGUAGAACACAUUUCAUAUCUACU